AUGGCUGCAUGGAUGCCGGGCAAUAUUUUCCCUGGUCAAGUCUCCCAUGAAGUUAUCUCUGCAAUGGAUCUUUACCCAACAUUCGAGAGAUUAGCUACAACACCAAAAGCUAGAGAUCCUUCAUAUGUACCUCCACCAAAACAAGAAACAAGAAAAAUGGAUGGAAUUGAUAUUUGGCCACAACUUUUAGGACUUUCGGCUUCAAAGGAUAAUAAGCCCCUAACUCCUUUAAUUGACCAGCGGCCAAUAUUCUUUUACUGUAAUGAAAAGCUCUUGGCUAUUAGAGCAGGGAAGUAUAAGGUCCAUUAUAUGACUCAGUUGAUCUUCAGAGAUAAUACUUCUAAUGUUCAGGAAAACUGUCCAGGAGGGAAACCGAAACAAGAAUGGUUUGUCAGCUUUUUCUGUCCAGACGAGGAGCUUAUCAAACACGAUCCCCCUUUGAUUUACGAUCUGGACAAGGACCCUUAUGAAGUAUACCCUAUAGUGGAUGAAGCUACAAUUAAAACCGUAACGGAUAAAGCUUCAAAACUGAUUGACGAUCAUCGCAAAUCAAUUGUUCCAGUCAAACAAGUAUUGGGAGAUUUUGAUUAUAAUGGUUGUCUUUGGCCGGUAAAAAUAUUAUAA